AUGGAGGAAGAGCUCGACCGCCUGCAAAAACAAGGUAUCCUGGAGCCGACACAGCAUGCCGAAAUGGCCACACCUUUGGUGUGGUUGCGCAAAAAGGAUGGAACAUUUCGCGUUUGUGGAGAUUACAGGAGCACGGUUAACGCGGUGGUCAAGAAGACGGCGUACCCACUGCCGAAAACUGAGGAGGUGUUCGCAAAGUUGCGUGGUGGGACGACAUUUUCGACGCUAGACCUGUACAAGGCCUAUCAGCAGCUAAGAGUGGACGACGAGACAGCCGAAUUGCUCACCGUCAACACCACCAAAGGACUGUUCAAGGGUGUCCAUACGACCGAAGAGAAGGUAAAGACAAUCCUCGAGGCGCCAAAACCGACUGACAACGACAUAGAGCGGGUGGUCAAAAGUUGUGCAACUUGCUGCCAGCACCAGGAAACGCCAACUAAAGCACCAGCUCCCGAGUGGAAACGUGCGACAACACCAUGGCACAGAAUCUACGCUGACUUCGCGGGUCCUGUGGAAGGAAAGAUGCUCCUGUUGUAG